UUCCAUGGAUAUUACCAUGCCCGUGGGGUUGGCAGUUCUUAAAGUUUAACAAGUCUGCAAAUAGCUACAGAACACAAUAGAGCCCCCUCCCUUCCUCUCUCUCUCUCUCUCUCUCUCUCUCUCUCUCUCCUCUCUCUCUUUCUUUUCCUGCUUCCAAACGCCUUCUUCGAGGCUGAAGCUGGGCAGGUCUCCAAAGGUGCAGCAGCCACAACAAUCCAGCAGUUCAAAGUCAGGCAGCAAUUGCACAACUACCAGCAACUCUCUGAGCCUGCUGCUAAUGAGCUGAAAGCCAGGACCGUCUGAGGAGGUGAAGAGGAAGCUUCCAGCCCUCCUCCCUCCAAUUCGAAAUCCAGAUAUCUCCACACCCCACCCCAGAUAACUCUGAGACACGGUCCUUGCUAUUCGCUUGCCUGGGGGACCAUGGCUCCCUUUGGAAGAAAUUUGCUGAAGACUCGGCAUAAAAACAGAUCUCCCACUAAAGACAUGGAUUCAGAAGAGAAGGAAAUUGUGGUUUGGGUUUGCCAAGAAGAGAAGAUUGUCUGUGGGCUAACUAAACGCACCACCUCUGCUGAUGUCAUCCAGGCUUUGCUUGAGGAACAUGAGACUACAUUUGGAGAGAAACGAUUUCUGCUGGGGAAGCCCAGUGAUUACUGCAUCAUAGAAAAGUGGAGAGGCUCAGAACGGGCUCUUCCUCCACUCACUAGAAUCCUGAAGCUUUGGAAAGCUUGGGGAGAGGAGCAGCCCAAUAUGCAAUUUGUUUUGGUUAAAGCAGAUGCUUUCCUUCCAGUUCCAUUGUGGCGAACAGCAGAAGCCAAAUUAGUGCAAAACACAGAAAAAGUGUGGGAACUCAGUCCAGCAAAUUACAUGAAGACGUUACCACCAGAUAAACAAAAGAGAAUAGUCAGAAAAACUUUCCGGAAACUGGCUAAAAUUAAGCAGGACACUGUGUCCCAUGAUCGAGAUAGUAUGGAGACAUUAGUUCAUCUGAUUAUUUCCCAGGACCAUACUAUUCAUCAGCAAGUCAAGAGAAUGAAAGAGCUGGAUCUGGAAAUUGAAAAGUGUGAAGCGAAGUUCCAUCUCGAUAGGGUAGAAAAUGAUGGAGAAAAUUAUGUCCAGGAUGCAUAUUUAAUGCCCAGUUUCAGCGAAGUCAAGCAAAAACUGGACUUGCAUUCGGAUGAAAACCAGAUUCCGGACGACCUGACCGAAAGCGAUGGAAUUGUACACCUGGAGGAGCAAUUAGCAUAUUACAGAAUGCUCAUUGAUAAGCUCUCCGCUGAAAUAGAGAAAGAGGUAAAAAGUGUUUGCACAGAGAUAAAUGAAGAUGCAGAAGGGGCAGCUGCGAGUGAACUUGAAAGCUCUAAUUUAGAAAAUGUUAAGUGUGAUUUGGAGAAAAGCAUGAAAGCCGGUUUGAAAAUCCACUCUCACUUGAGUGGCAUCCAGAAGGAGAUUAAAUACACUGACUCAUUGCUUCAGAUGAAAGCAAAAGAAUAUGAAUUCUUGGCAAAGGAGUUCAGUUCACUUCAUCUUAACAACAAAGAUGGAUGCCAACUGAAGGAAAACAGAGGGAAGGAAUCUGAGGUCCCCAACAGCGGUGGGGACGGUCCUUCCCUUACUCCGAGAGCACUUAACUUGUAUACAAAUGACACAGACUCAGACACUGGUAUCAGCUCUAACCAUAGUCAGGACUCAGAAACAGCUGUAGGAGACGUGCUGCUUCUGUCAACGUAAUUUGAAUGGCUUCUUUCUGAGCUACUGCAACGUUGUUCACGGUUGUUUAAUAGGAAACCUUAUUUUAAACAUCACGUUCCGAAAAAUGAUGUAAUUCAUGUUAAGUAUUCGGAAGUUAAUAAAAGCUAGAGAAAUUUGUAAGUUUAUUUUUGACUUAAGAUUUCCAAAGUGACCUCAUGGUUACAAGUUUAGACGAUGAGCUGUUUAUUAGGAAUGCAACACAAAUAGCGUGCAGGUGUAUAACAGAAAUGAUUUGAUGGGAAUUAUAAUAUUUUAUAGCUUCUGCAGGAAAUGAUUUAUACAAACAAAACUAAUUCUUAAUAGUGCAGUCAGUAUAUUGAAACUGUACACAUGAACAAGUAAAAUUAAAAUGUGCUGUACUAUAUUUUUUCAAAGCGCUAUCAUUGGAAUUUUUAAAUCUGUAUAGUACAUGAAAGCUAUUGUAUAGUAAGUGUAUUAAUUCAAGUCUUGGUUUUUCUCAUUGAUGCUUAGAAUGUACAUCAUCUCUGUUCACUUUCUGAACCUCUCUACUUGUUUAGACCUAGAUGACAGGAGGUGGGAAGGGCUGCCUUUGGGACAUGUGCAAAUUCUGGCAGUGGAUGGAUGGAUUGGAUGAGAGAGGGCCAAGUGCUGCAUUACAAUAGCAGUUUUUCUAAAGAGGCCUAAAAUUAAUAAAAUUGAAAUAUGCACGGCCUUUCUCUGACAAAGCAAAUCUGACCAAACAAAUAACCUGUGCAGGUUUGUUUUAUGAGUGAGGUAUGAUGUGGGUUACUGAGAAAAUCACAGGGUCACAGUUCUGUUUCUUUAUGCCCUGUCUGCAAAAGUCGGAGAGGCAACUUGGGGUCCUUUGUGUGGGUAAAAUAGAGGUCUAUAUGCCAUAAGUAUUAGCAUUUUGUCUCUGAACCUACAGAGAGGAGCUCACAUGGACAAAAAUCUUUUAUUCUAGUAUACUAGAAUUCAGAUUAUGUUUGUAGAACUUCCUCUAAGGUGCAAACAAACAAAAAAAAGUACUAGUUCUAACCCCACUCCUCCCCCAAGGUUGCUGGCAAAUGUCCAACAAAUUGAAUGGCUUGUUUAGAUCCUUCCUUCAGUGACACUCAUUAUAGUACGAGACUAGGUUUGGUUUCACCUGAUUUUUAGGUGGGAAGAUUUUUUUUUUUUCUCUCUCUCCCUUUGCUUCUUGCUAGUAAACACAUGAUGUAAUCAUAUUGAAACAAUUAGUUUACUGUUUUAUUGUACUGUUAAAUAAAUACUGCUGCAGUUUAUUUUUUCUUUACCUGACACUUUUCCUAUAUGUCAGUGCACAUGUAAGUAAGAACAUUAUCUUACUUAGUUUGAAUAUAUGGAUAUUGGUGAAGAUCCAGUAUUUCUUAUUUCUUCCCUUUUAUUCCCAAGCUUACUGUAGUGAAUGUUUAACUCAGUUUCUUAGCCUACUUUUUUAUUACUCCAUCCUCCAGGCUUUUCACCAAUCUUUGGGAAGAUACAUAGAAUAGUAUUUCACUUUUGGGGAGCAUCUGUGUUAUCAUUUCUUGCACCAAGAUAAUGCUAAAGGCCUUAGUUGAAGUUGGCUGGUAAAGAAAGUACGAAUUUCCAUUCCAGGGAAAAUACAGUGAUAAUAGAGUAAGUAAUAAGGCUAAUAUGGGUUUAAUAGGAAAAAAAAAAAAGCAGGUCAUUGAAUAGUCAUCUGAGAAAGAGAAAUUUCCAAAAAUCCCAUUAAAUCAUUCAGCAAUGAGGCAAAUUACUGAUAUAUUCAUUGUUCACUACUGGGGAUUAAAUUCAGAAGAUCAUCCUCAAUGAUAAACCAAUUGCAAUGUUGUUCUCCAAAAGUGAAAGCCACUUCUUUGGGUUACUGUUCAGUGAGAAAAUAAUAAAAAGAACAUUACUUAUCUGCUA